UAUCUAAACACAGGCGCGUGACAGUUGGUCAGAGUCGCAACCGAGAAGUCAAUGUGGUGUCGCAAAAUUCUGAAAUAUGACAAACUCUAUAUUUUAGGAAAAAAGACGUGGAAGACGUAUUGGUGUCCUAAACUAAAUUAGUGAGGAUGAUGAAGGCAAAGUGGCAGGACAGAGUGAAAGCGGUGGAGCAGAGGGCUCAAGCCUACCAAUCCGCCCCCAUCAGCUGCCCAUAUAAAGCUCGUUUGUCCCGGCCGUGGCAGCCGUCCUCUGUGUGGAAGCUGUUCCCUCGCCAAAGCGAAGCCAUUGCCUUCAGCCAGCACUGUAAACAGGACGUGCAUGUGUUUGCCCUGGAGAAAGAGAGCACGGAUGCAGGACAGAGGGUUUAUUUAGUUACCAGCUACACUGAGCUCUGGCACUACUACAGUUCACACAGACAGUCGCUGAUGCACUGCUAUGAGGUGAUUCCGGAGGGCGCCGUCUGCAAGCUUUACUUUGACCUGGAGUUUGAUGUAGCCUCUAAUACACACUUGGAUGGCACAAAGAUGGUGGCUUCACUGAUUCAGUAUGUGUGUGUGAAGUUGGAGGAGGUGUACAGUCUGCAGUGCUCGGUAAAAGACGUGCUGAAUCUGGACUCCAGUACAGCCGAGAAGUUCAGCCGCCAUCUCAUCUUCCUGCUCCCCAACUGUGUGUUCAAGGACAACCGGCAUGUUGGCCGUUUCAUCCAUCACAUACUCAAGCCAGUGCUGAAAUAUCUCCAUCAAGGCAGCAAGGACUCUCUGGAAGAUAUCGAUGAUGUCAGCGAGGGCCCUCAGUCAAAGAGAAUGAAGCACGAUGAGGAAGACCUGGGCUUUUUAAUCGUGAAGGGAAAGGAUGGACAAAAGCAACUCUUCGUGGAUCUUGGUGUGUACACCAAAAACAGAAACUUCCGCCUGUACAAGUCUUCCAAGCUGGGGAAGAACGCUGCCUUCUCUGUUGCUCAGGAUAACAAGUUUCUCCCAAGUUCCAUCAAGCACACUACGGAGGAGGAGGGGAUAUUCUUAGCCUCUUUAAUCACCAAUGUGAGAUUCACGUCUCAGCGGAUUCUGACGUAUGAGGCUCCGGAAAGGACUUCAAACGAAGCUCGGUGUUCAGCUCAACACAGUGGCCCACACAGCUCAGAGCUUGCAGGUGAACAUCAGGCCUCGCCGUACAAGGAACUGGACGACUUUGUACUGAAGCUGGUGCAUAGGGAUGGCGUUCAAGGAAACAUUAGGCGCUGGAUGUACUUCAUAUCCGAGCAGCUGCUGGUCUACGACAUUGGGAAGUUCCGUUGGUGUUCUAACGUGGGUCGCUUUCAUAAGAGCAACAACAUCAUGAUCAUCGUGGAUCUGAAAGAAGAAGUGUGGUACCAGAGAUGCCAUGAUCCUGAGUGCAGGAGACAGAACUACAGGUCCUCGAGUUACCCACUACCACAGGAAGUGUGUAUGAGCUACAUGCUGAAAGAGGACAAGGACCAUCAGCAGUUCCUCAUGGACGAGCUGGGAAACAUCGAGCCGAGUCCGAGCUGCGCUCCGACACACUCUUCAGGAGAGGGCGGGGAAACGGACGGAUCCACUUCACACCCCCGGACAGACAAUACACAGGAGUGUUGGGAUGACGAUGCUUCAUACUUGGAGGCGCUGGAUGAAGUGGAGAGGACCAUGGAGGAUAAAGAGGAGAUUCCUGAUGAGCUCAUGAUCCAGGCGUUGGCCGAGUGCGAGGCGACACUUGCCUGAGUUUCUUUCUGUUACCGUGCAGCAGAAAUUGAGAAAACAAAUAAGCAUUAUAAAUGUUUCCCUUUUUUUUUUUUCCAUGGCGUAGCAUUUUAGUGCAAGAGUGACUGUUGGAAUUAAUUAACCUGUUAUAAUCCACUGGGAUUAUGGGAAGUAACUGAUGGUGUAUUCAUCUGCAGUGUCUAUCAUCAGAAAUUCCUGAUGUACAAGAUGGCUGCCAUGUUGUGUCAGAACUGCAUUUUAGAAAAGGGGGCAGGGGACUUUUUUUUUUUUUAAUUAUUAUUAUUUAUAUAUUUAUUUACUCAUAAUUGAUGUUAAUCCUGUUAUUUCAUGGCCCCAAGUUUGUUCUGUGCAGAUCUUUAAUUCUGUGAUUUGAACCUACUGUAUAAUUGAUGUUCUGUGUGUUUUUAAUAAGAUGUCAUUUUGUCUAUGUACAGUGGUGCUUGAAAGUUUGUGAACCCUUUAAAAUUUUCUACAACCCCGUUUCCAAAAAAGUUGGGACAAAGUACAAGUUGUAAAUAAAAACGGAAUGCAAUGAUG